CUCUCUCUCUCUCUCUCUGCCAUCAUUUCCAAAAAAUGCGGCCUCUUUCUCUCUCAACCCCAUCUAAAACCCUAUUGGAAUCCCUAAGGCCUCCCGCCCAGCUUAUUUCCUUCUUCAUGACCACCUCCAGCACUUGCAAGCUGCAGAGAAGGCAAUGCAAAAACUCUGGCGCGGUAGUACCUCCCUUGCUUCCUGCAUUCCCAUUCCAAAGCUCCCAAGGUCCGCCUUCCCGCUCCAAACGCGCCCGUCUUAUAUCACCGUUAGCUCCGCUUCCGGUCACGGCCUCGCUCACCGCGCUUCCAUUAACUGCCGCUGCGAAAUUCCCUUAAGUCGCGCAUGGUCCCCUCUUCUCCUGCAAGCCCGGGAUCCCUGUCCUGUCUUGCUGUUUGCCAGUGGCGAUGGCAGGGGAUUGACGGUUUCUCAGGGUUUAAGGGGCCAAGAAAAAAGAGCGAGUACGGCGGAGGAGAUCGGCGGAGAUGACGAGGACGUGACGCAUGGAGACGAAGAAAGUAGAAGCCGAGCCGCACAGUCGCAGAGGCAAAGAGGUGGGAGCUCUGCUAGCGCGGAUGUGGCCAAUGUCGACCUACUGGUGAUACCAGGAGUUGGGCCGAAGAAUCUUAGGAAGCUUGUGGAUAAGGGAUUUCGCGGUGUUUCCCAGCUCAAGCAGUUGUACAGGGACAAGUUUUAUGGUGAAUCCAGCCAGAAGAUGGUCAAAUUCCUGCAGAGUUCUGUAGGUAUCAUCCACAGGAAUCAUGCUGAGAGCAUCACCUCUUUCAUCAAAGAGAGUGUUGAUGAAGAAGUUAAGCAAGAAGGAUCAGAACCUGAUAUGAAGCUCAGACAGAAAAGAAGGUUGACAUUCUGUGUCGAGGGUAACAUCAGUGUUGGAAAGACUACAUUUCUACAAAGAAUUGCUAACGAGACACUUGAAUUGCGUGAUAUCGUUGAAAUAGUUCCGGAGCCUAUCUCCAAAUGGCAGGAUAUUGGUCCUGAUCACUUCAAUAUAUUGGAUGCCUUUUAUGCUGAGCCUAAGAGAUAUGCCUACACCUUUCAGAAUUAUGUGUUUGUGACAAGGUUUAUGCAGGAAAGAGACUCUGCUGGUGGUGUAAAACCGCUUAGGUUGAUGGAAAGAAGUGUUUUUAGUGACAGAAUGGUAUUUGUUCGAGCUGUUCAUGAAGCAAAUUGGAUGAAUGAAAUGGAGAUAAGCAUCUAUGACUCAUGGUUUGAUCCUGUUGUGUCAUGCUUGCCAGGACUUAUUCCUGAUGGGUUCAUUUACCUUAGAGCUAGUCCUGAUACUUGCCAUAAGAGAAUGAUGCUGCGUAAGAGGGAAGAGGAGGGUGGUGUGACUUUGGAUUAUUUAAGAGAUUUGCAUGAGAAACAUGAGAGCUGGCUACUCCCAUUACAAAGUGGAAAUCAUGGUGUACUGUCAAUUAAUCAAUUACCUUUUCAUGUUGAUAACACAUUACAUCCUGAUAUUAAAGAUCGUGUUUUCUACUUAGAGGGUAACCAUAUGCACCCAAGUAUUCAGAAGGUUCCUGCUUUGGUGUUGGAUUGUGAGCCUAACAUAGACUUUAAUAAAGACAUAGAAGCUAAAAGACAGUAUGCUCGACAAGUUGCAGAAUUCUUUGCUUUUGUGCAAAGAAAGAAAGAUGAUGAGACCCCAGAGAAGGCUAAAGAGGUGAAGCUCACAAGCCAACAGUUUCUUCUUCCUCAAGAAGGCAGUCUUUGGAUCCCAGAGAGCUGCCCCCUUUCUGAUUCAGCCUUGAAAUCUCUAGAUUUCAAGAGAGCCAUGCAACCUUUCAUGUUCUCCAGUUAAAAUCUUAAUUAAGCAAGUUCCAGAUCUGAGGAUUACUUGUUCUGCAUGCUUAUGGAGGUUGAUUCUCUGUGCCAUAAGUGAAGGUUUUCUCUAAGAAAAAGCGAGAAAAAGCUUUGCGAGAAUGGAAUUUUUGUAGUUGGAUGUUCUAGUUGUGCAAUCAUGUAGUAUGUAAAUUUGUAGUACAAUUUAUAUGGUUGUUAGGCAUAUUCUUGUUGCAAUGCAGUUGGGAGGAUUAGUGCUUUGGCAGCUGUUAACUUCUGCGUUUUGACUCUCAAUUUGAACUUGAAAAAUACAACAUGCUGAUGUUAAAUUUUGAAUUUGUAAGUGGUCUAAGGGCUUGUUUGGUUUGGUUGCUGUGGCGCGAGUGCUUUUUGAAAAUAAUAUAUGUUUGA